AUGUCCAAGAUCACAAACGUCCCAGCGGGCUUCGACUUCGUGGCCACACGGCACGAUGACACCUAUGAAUUCAUCAACCCCCUCAAGGGCGAGGCCACGAAUCUCAAGGUCCUGGUCACAGGCGCCAGCAAAGGCAUCGGACGAGCAACAGUCGUCUCGUUCGCAAAGUCCGGCGCCUCAGCAAUUGCGUUGCUCGCCCGUUCAGACCUCGACGCGGUCGCCCAGGAGGUCGUCGAAGCUGCAAAACAGGCAGGGCGCAAAGAGCCGCCUAAGGUGCUUAAGUUGAGGGUCGACACGACUGAUGUUGCGGCGGUGGACAGCGCCAUGAAGAUGGUGGAACAGGAGUUCGGCGCCCUGGAUGUGGUCAUCAACAACGCUUCGAGAAUGGAGGUGUGGAAGCCCAUCCACGAGACGGACGUACAGGACUGGUGGUCGACCUGGGAGGUGAACAUCAAGGGAACGUAUCUUGUCAGUCGUGCAGCGUUACCGCUGCUACUGAAAGGGAAAGACAAGACGAUGAUUGUGAUCUCCAGUGCCGGAGGAUUGACCACCUCGGCCGGGGGCAGCGCAUACCAGGGCACCAAAACAGCGCAGAUACGGUUCAAUGAUUUCCUGAUGAAAGAAUAUGGCGAGCAGGGCUUGCUGGCAUACGCAGUCCACCCUGGCGGCGUGAAGACGGAGGUUGGAACCACAAUGCCGGAGCACAUGCACCACCUUUUGGUCGCAGAGCCAGAACUACCUGCAGACACCCUAGUUUGGCUGACGAGGGAACGGAGAGAUUGGCUGGCUGGGCGAUACGUCAAUGCACCGUGGGACAUGAAAGAACUCUGGGAAAAGAGGGAUGAAAUUGUGGAGAAGGAUCUGCUGAAGCUGAAGCUGCAGGUCUGA